GGAGUUGUGAUUAUGAUGCUUCGCACAUCUACACACACAGGAGGAGCAUGUCACUGAGCGACCACCCCAAGGCCUACGGCACUGCCGCCAUCGCCGUCGCCUUUGCAGCAGGCGUCGUCGCUACCCUGAGCUUCAAGGAGCUCUACCCCGAGCUCGAGUCUCGAUAUCAGCACAAGAGCGCCGGCAGCCGCCGCCGGUCAACGGAUCCCCGGAGGAGCAGCCUCUUCUGGAGCGCACCGGUGAAGCUCGAGGAUCACGAUGCGACGACCGCGGCGCUGGUGACGCGGGCGGCGGGGAUUGCAAACGGCAUCGAAGGAUGCAUCGGCAACACGCCGCUGAUUGAGAUCCAGUCGCUCUCGAGGGCCACGGGCCGGAUCAUUCUCGCCAAGGCCGAGUUUCUCAACGGCGCGGGCAACAGCCCCAAGGACCGGGUGGCGCUCAACAUGAUUGUCGAGGCGGAGAAGCAGGGCCUUUUGACGCCUCACCAAGGGGACACCAUCUACGAAGGGACCGUCGGCAGCACGGGCAUCUCGCUGGCGACUCUGGCGCGCGCAAAGGGGUACAAGGCGCACAUCUGCAUGCCUGACGACCAGGCGUUUGAAAAGUCGGAUCUGCUGAUCCAUCUCGGCGCGACCGUGGAGAGGGUCCCCGUUGCGCCCAUCACGAGCCCGGAUCACUUUGUCAACCUGGCUCGGAGGCGAGCCAUUCAGCACACGCGCUCGUCGACGGACGGCAGCAAGGGCUUCUUCGCGAACCAGUUCGAGACGGAGUCCAACUGGCAGGCUCACGUCGUCAGCACCGGGCCCGAAAUCUUCCAGCAGACGGACGGCGACCUCGACGCCUUUGUCGCCGGCGCGGGCACCGGCGGCACCAUCUCGGGCGUGGCGCGGUACCUCAAGCUCGAGGCCAAGAUGGACAAGCUCCGGGUCGUGCUGGCGGAUCCCCAGGGCAGCGGGCUGUACAACAAGAUCAAGCACGGCGUCAUGUACUCGUCCACCGAGAAGGAGGGCACGCGGCGCAGGCAGCAGGUUGACUCCAUGGUGGAGGGCAUCGGCAUCAACCGCCUGACAAACAACUUUGAGGUCGGGCGGGACUUGCUCGAUGACGCGGUCAAGGUCACCGAUGAGCAGGCUUGUCGCAUGGCGAGGUGGCUCGUGGAGAAUGAUGGGAUUUUUGUUGGGAGCAGCAGUUCCGUCAACUGCGUUGCUGCGGUCGUCACGGCGAUGACGCUGCCGCCUGGGAGUCGCGUUGUUACGCUGCUGUGUGAUUCGGGUACGAGGCAUUUGAGCAAGUUCUGGAAGCAUAUCAAGGAGAUGGGCUUGGAAGACGAAGGGGAGCCGACGGAUUUGUUUGCCGAGCUGGGGAUAUCCAGGUCAUGAGACUGAGGUCAAAUAAAUAAAGCCAUUAUCAAAACAACCGUCUUCAUGAUCCUCAGAUUAGACGUGGCGCGUCGCCUGUAUUACUAGUAU